UCUACCGGGAUUGUUGACGGGAGGGUCGGUUCGCCGCGUGCAGGAGGAAAGCGGACGGUUACCGGGAGCGCGCGGAGCUCGACGGGGUCGCGAGAUGAUCAAGACGGAGAAGGUCCUCCACCUGCGGAGCAGCCGAGGCCGCAAAGUCCGAGUGGUCCGUGAACACUACCUGAGGGGCGUGCCCUGCUACAGCCGCCUGUGUCAGGACGAGGGCUGCGAGAACGAUGGGAAGCUCCUCCCAGCAGACCUGACCCACUACGUGGUCCCGGACGCCGGCGUGGUCCUGGACUUCCUGGAGGUUCUGGAGUUCCGGGAGCUGCAGGGGGUGGUCUUCACGCAGACCGCCUGCCAGGCGCUGCAGAGCAAAGGCCGCAGGUACUACAACCGCCUGCGGGCCCUCCUGAAAGACCCCCGACACGACUGUUUGUUUGCGAACGACUUCCAGGAGUUUUCGUUCUGCAGCAGAGAGAAGGGCGAGAGUCUGGAGGACUGGCAGACCAGGAGUGUGUACUCGGCUGCAGUGUGGUACUACAACCACCUGGUGGGGCAGAUCAGCAUCGUGAUGAUCACCGAGGACGAAGACGCCGGCUCGUACGGCAGCCGGAACUCCGGCGUCUUCGUCAUCACAGUGAAGGACUACCUGCAGAGCUUCUGGCCAGAGCUGCCGGCGGCUCAGGAGCUCUACGCCUCCAUCGUCCAGGCGCAGCAGGAGAAGGAGGCCGACGACUCGCAGAGGGAGUACUGCGAGCACCUGCCGGCCGAGGUCCUGGAGGCCGGCAUCAAGUCCGGACGCUACGUCCAGGGUUCUCUGAAUGUGAGCAAACACCGAGCGCAGAACGAAGCCUUCGUCCAGACCGACGGACUCUCCGAGGAGAAAGCAGACCUGAGCUCGGGCGUGCUGGUGUUCGGCUGGAAGCACCGGAACCGCGUGCACGGCGAUGUGGUGGCGGUGGAGCUGCUGCCCAGCGAGUGGAGGGGGAGGGGCACGGCCCUGACGGAGGGACCCGGGGACGAGAAGGCGGAGGACGACCACAGUAAACCCAUGGCUACUGGUCGCGUGGGGAUCCUGCAGAGGAACUGGAGGGACUACGUGGUGACAUUCCCCUCCAGAGACGGGACCCAGUCCCAGACCAGGACCUCCCAGCGGAUCCUGUCAGUUCCCUGGGACCCCGCCCCCAAGAUCCGCAUCAGCACCCAGCAGGCCGACGCCCUGCAGGAGCACAGGGUGGUGGUGCGCAUCGACUCGUGGGAGAGCAGCUCGCUGUAUCCCAACGGCCACAGUGUGCGAGUGCUGGGCCGGGCCGGCGAGCUGGAGACCGAGAUCCAGACCAUCCUGGUCGAGAACUGCAUCCACGUCCCACCGUUCUCGGACGCCCAGCUCAGAGAGAUGCCGGUGAACUCUCCGGAGAAGCCAUGGUGCAUCGACCCGGCUGAGCGGCGGAGGCGGGACCUGAGGACGACCCACCUGGUGUUCAGCAUCGACCCGCGGGGCUGCGAGGACGUGGACGACACGCUGUCGGUGCGGCGCCUCGCCGGGGGGAAGCUGCUGGAGCUCGGCGUUCACGCCGACGUCACGCAUUUCGUAGCCCCGGGUUCCCUCACCGACCUGGAGGCUCGUGCCAGAGCGACCACGUACUACCUGGCAGACCGCCGCUACGACAUGCUGCCCUCCGUCCUCAGCAGUGACCUCUGCUCGCCUGGCGGAGUCGACAGGUAUGCGAUGAGCGUGCUGUGGGAGUUGGACGCCGAGUCGCUGGCUGUGCGCUCGGUGUGGUUCGGCCGGACGCUGAUCCGCUCGUCCUACCAGCUGCACUACGAGCUGGCCCAGGCGCUGCUGGACGGCGAGGCCGCCGACGUGCCCGAGCUCGCCCGCUUGGACGCCACAGAGAAGGACGCCCGGCUGGCCGCGCUCAUCCAGGCGCUGGAGACGCUGACGCACGUGGCCCGACACCUGAGGGCGCUGCGGGACCGCCAGGGGGCGCUGGAGCUGGAGGGCGGGAGGUGCGCGCUCAGCUGGACGAGCAGAAGAACAUCACGGCUCUGGUUCCCCCCAGCCGCUGGAGGUCCACGAGACCGUGGCCGAGUGCAUGAUCUAUGCCAACCACUGGGUGGCGCGCAAGAUCCAGGAGAGCUUCCCCACCCGGGCACUGCUGCGCCGACACCCGCCGCCGCGCCACGAGCUGUUCGGCCCGCUGGUGGAGAGCGCCACCGCCCGGGCUUCAGCGUGGACACCAGGACCAACAAAUCUUUGGCCGACUCUCUGGACCAGGCCCUGGACCCAGAGGACCCGCUGGUGAACCGGCUGCUGAGGAUGAUGGCCACGCAGGCCAUGUCUCAGGCGCUGUACUUCUCCACCGGAGCUCAGCCGGAGGAGCAGUUCUACCACUACGGUCUGGCUCUGGAUCGCUACACACACUUCACCUCUCCGAUCCGGCGCUACGCCGAUAUGGUGGUGCACCGCCUCCUGGUGGCCGCGCUGCAGGCCGACCCAGAGGCCAAGACUCCGAGCGGCAGGGAGGUGGAGGAGACGGCCCAGCACAUCAACGGCAAGAACAAGGCCGCCCAGCGCGCCCAGAACCUGUCCACCGCCCUGUUCCAGUGUCUGUACUUCAAGGACAAAGACCCUCAGAGCGACCCGCGCUGCAUCGCCGACGCCGUCAUCUAUGCCCUGCGAGACAACGGCGUGCUGGUGUUUACCCGAGUACGCGCUGAAAGGAGCCGUGUACCUGCGGAACAAGGAGGGCCAGGUGGCGAUGGCGGCGGCCCGGACGGCGGCUGUGAUUGGCUGGCCGGCUCCGUGCGGCGCUUCCCGGAUCGCGUCGUCACACGACGCGGCGGCGGCGGCGACUCCACAUUCAGACUGUUUGAGCACCUGACGGUUCGGAUCUCGGUCCGCAGCUCGUCGAGUCACGGAGACGCUCUGGACCUGGAGCUGCUGAGGAAGGCGCCACACCGUGGCGUGGGGCCCCCGGCAGGGACGGCGGCGGCGGGCCGCAGCCAGCUGGUGCAGGAGGUGGUGCGCCGGGCGGAAGAGGCGGCGCAGGAGAGGGCGGUGCAACAGCAGCAGCCGCGGCUCUCCAGGGAGGAGAAGGAGUUCUGCCAGAGCCGGACCCCCAACCUGUACUCCCUGCUGGAAGGUGCGGGAGCUGGCGCUCAGGGAGCUGCAGGAGAACCCACAGACCAGGCAGGCAGCGCUUAGCGGCGCCACGGCGCCCACGCUUUAAUGUGAAGUAUCUGCCGAGUCAUC